AUGGCCGACACGAUUUUUGGCAGCGGGACGGGCCAGUGGGUGUGCCCCAAUGACCGGCAGCUGGCACUGCGUGCCAAGCUCCAGACGGGCUGGUCAGUGCACACGUUCCAGACUGAGAAACAGAGGAAGAUGCAGGCUCUGAGCCCACAGGAACUUGAGGUCAUUCUGGAAGUCAUCCGCAAAGCAGAGAAAUUGGACAUCAUUGAGCAGCAGCGCAUUGGGCGCCUGGUGGAGCGGCUGGAGAACAUGAGAAAGAAUGCAAUGGGCAACGGCCUCUCCCAGUGCCUGCUCUGCAGUGAACUGCUGGGGCUACUGGGCAGCAGCUCUGUCUUUUGUCAGGAUUGCAAAAAGAAAGUUUGCACCAAGUGUGGAAUAGAAACUUUUGGAGCCCAGAAACGUCCACUUUGGUUGUGCAAGAUCUGCAGUGAACAGAGAGAGGUCUGGAAGAGGUCUGGUGCGUGGUUCUACAAAGGGCUGCCCAAGUACAUCACACCUUUGAAGAGCAGCAGCAAGUGCAGUGAGUUGUCCCCCCAGCCUUGGCAAAGCGAGCCGGGUGUGCCCGAGGCAGGGAGCCUGGGGACCAGCCACUCCUUCACCUGGGCCAGGGGAAAAGUGGUCUCUAGCGACAGUGAGAGCGACUCGGAGUUCAGUUCCUCCAGCCUGGAUGACAAGCCCAUCCCUGCGGGGUCAAAAGGCUCACAAGGCAGAAAGCGCCGAGCAGGACUGGCACCCAUCAGGGAACCCAGCCAGGCUGUGGGCCCAACGCUGGAGAGCACCCACUCCCUCUCGGGGAGCCACGGCAGCCUGGGCAGUGAGCAGGGAGCUGCCCUCAGCACCACCGAGAGCUGCCAGAGCUACCAGCCGGCUGAUGGGCGUGACAGCAGAGUCCCUGGUAAGCUGAACCUCUUCUCUGGGCACAUCCACACUUUUGGGGCUGACUUCCCUUGA